GAUUCUUCCUUUCACCUUUGCGAGAUGUCCUCCAGAAGUUCCAAAAGUUUAAUUAAAAGCAAAUGGGGAUCAAAGUCUAGUAGCUCCAAAUCAGAAACUGCAUUAGAAAAAUUUAGGGGAAAAAUUGCAGCCUUACAAACAUCAGUGGAUGCAAACACAAGUGGAAGAGGAAAGCUGACUGAUGAAGAGACACACAGGCUUUUGGAGAAAAUUCAAUUCCUUGAGGCUGAGAGGGAGAAGAAUGCUUAUCAUCUCAUAGAGAAGGACAAAGAAAUACAGCAACUCAGAGACCACCUGAAAACCAAACAUAGUACUACUGCAUUGCUUGAACAGUUGGAGGAGAAAACAAAGGAAGGUGAAAAGAGGGAACAGCUGUUGAAAUCCUUGUCUGAAGAGGCAGAUUUAUUGAAAAAACAGUUGUCUACUACAACUGCGAGACUCACUGAACUUGAAACUAAAGCAAUUAAUUCAUCACAGACUGAGACUACAAACUGCUUCAACUCAUCAAUGAAUAAUAUGCAUGAAACGGAAAUACAACUGAGAGAUGCUCUAGAGAAAAAUCAGCAAUGGCUUGUGUAUGAUCAGCAGCGAGAGGUCUACGUACAAGGACUUCUAGCAAAAAUCUAUGAGUUGCAACAGAAAUCGGAAACAGCUGCUCAAUCACUUCCACAGCAGACAAAAAUGAAUGAAUCAGAAGGUUUUCUUCUAGAAGAAAAGCAAAAACAUUACCACUAUUUGUUGGCAAAUGCCAAAAAAGAUCUUGAGGCUGAACGACAAACCGUAACUCAUUUGAAUUUUGAACUUAGUGAAUUUCAAAGAAAAUAUGAAGAAACCCAAAAAGAAAUCCACGAUUUAAAUAAACUGUUGUGUUCACAAAGAAAGGCAAAUAUACAACAUCUGGAAGAUGAUAGGCAUAAAACAGAGAAGAUACAAAGGCUCAAGGAUGAGAAUGAUGCUGCUAGGAGAAAACUUGAAGAAGAGAAGAAGAGAUCUGAAGAGCUCUUAUCACAGGUCCAGUUUCUUUACACGUCUCUGGUAAAGCAGCAAGAGGAACAAACAAGGGUAGCUCUGCUGGAACAACAGAUUCAGGCAUGCACUUUAGACUUCGAAAAUGAAAAACUUGACCGUCAAAAUAUGCAGCAUCAAUUGCAUGUAAUUCUUAAGGAGCUUCAAAAAGCAAGAAAUCAAAUAACACAGUUGGAAUCCUUGAAGCAGCUUCCUGAAUUUGCCUUCACAGAGCCAUUAGUCACUUUCCAAGGAGGGACUGAAAACAAAGCAAAAGUUGCGUCACCAAAAAGUCCCACAGCUGCACUGAACGAAAGCCUGGUGGAAUGUCCCAAGUGCAAUAUCCAGUAUCCAGCCACCGAACAUCGAGAUCUACUUGUCCACGUUGAAUACUGUUCAGAAUAA